AUGGGGGCUAAGAAUAACGUGGAUACAAAGCUCGAGACUGAUGACAAGACUGGAGAGUCUUCUGAACCUGAGACUGAUGACAGUGAUGAUUGGAAGGACACCAGAGAACCUCAGUCAAGUUUAAACUUUCUGAAAAAUCAUCAAGUCUCUGUCAAUGAUUUGAUUGUUGGUGCGAAACGAUUUAGCUGCUCUGAGUGUGGGAAAAGAUUUGGUUACCGUGGAAAUUUGAAGAAACACAUGAGAUCUCAUUCAGGAAAGAAACUAUUUACCUGCGGUGAGAGUGGAAAAAGAUAUGGUCAAAAUUUUAAUCUGAAGAAACUCGGGAGAUCUCAUACAAGAGAGAAACCAUAUAGCUGCUCUGAGUGUGGCAAAAGCUUUGGUAAAAGUGGAGAUCUGAAGAGACACAUGAGAUCUCAUUCAGGAGAGAAACCAUUUAGCUGCUCUGAGUGUGGCAGAAGCUUUGCUCAAAAUGGAAGUCUGAAGACACACAUGAGAUGUCAUACAGGAGAGAAACCAUUUAGCUGCUCUGAGUGUGGCAAAAGCUUUACUCAAAAUGGAAGUCUGAAGGAACACAUGAGAUCUCAUACAGGAGAAAAACCAUUUAGCUGCUCUGAGUGUGGAAACAUUUUUAAUCGUAGUGGCAGUCUGAAGGAACACAUGAUACGUCAUACUGGAGAGAAACCAUUUAGCUGCUCGGAGUGUGGGAAAAGAUUUGGUUACAAAGGAGAUCUGAAGAAACACAUGAGAUCUCAUUCGGGAGAGAAACCAUUUAGCUGUUCUGAGUGUGGAAAAAGAUUUGGUCGAAAGUUAACUCUAAAGACACACAUGAGAUCUCAUACAGGAGAGAAACCAUUUAACUGCUCUGAGUGUGGCAAAGGCUUUGGUCAAAAGGGAGAUCUGAAUAGACACAUGAGAUGUCAUACAGGAGAGAAACCAUUUAACUGCUCUGAGUGUGGCAAAGGCUUUGGCAAAAGUGGAGAUCUGAAGAUACACAUGAGAUGUCAUACAGGAGAGAAACCAUUUAGCUGUUCAAUUUGUGGGAAAUCAUUUACACAAAAUGCACAUUUACAGACACACGUAAAAAUUCAUGACAGAGAUAAGUGAUUAAACUGUUCAGUCACUUGGCGUAAGAAGGAGACUAGAGAAACAGCCAGUUGUUUUUUUGUGGGGGGGGCGGGGUCAGUCAACUGGUGGGAGUGUGCUCACCUGUCUGCCAUUAGCGAUGCAGAGAGCAGAGAAGAAUUAGAAAUGUGCGACCAUGUAGAGGCAGAAAUGACAUGCCACACAGUUUUAGACAGGUCCUCAGACUCUGUCGUGACAACAACCAAAGCAGCCAGAUCCACAGUGGCCUUCAUGAAAGAUCUAAACCUCUGUGACACCUGGAGACACUUUCACCCCACAACUAGAGACUACUCCUUCUAUUUGUGUCUCCAUAAUUCCCAUACGGGGAUAGAUUUUUUUCUUACAUCUUACCAAUUAACCCAUAGAGUUAUGGA